AUGAUCUCCGAAUCACCCGAUCGAGAACAAGCAUUGGUCGAUAAGUUCAAGAAAAUUACAUCAUCUACGAUUACGAGCAGGUAUUUCAGCAGUAUAUUGCAAUGUUUGAAGCGUGACCUGUACAACAAAAACUACUUGGAAGCGUUUGGGAAUGACGAGUAUCUCGAUGCGUAUCUGGCGAGAUACGUGCCGUCGAGGGCUAUUGUGUACUACAGGAUGAUGAAGGAACACAGCAGGCUGCUUGGACUGAGAGACGGGAUGCGUGUUAACAGCAUCGGAGGAGGAGCAGGAUCUGAGCUGAGUGGAAUGCAGCAUCUAGUAGAAGAGAUUGGUUUAAGCGACGUGCAGCUUUCGCUGAUAGACAUUGGAAAGUGGGACAAGGUGGUUAAUAGGCUGCAAACUGAAUUCAAGGAUGGCGUAGACGUUGAAUUUCUCAAUAAAAACGUCUUAAGUGACAGCAGUAUUUCUUAUGAGGGAGUGGAUAUGAUAACGAUACUGUUUACAAUAUCAGAGCUUUUUAUUCAGUCCAAGAAGUCCACUUUGCAGCUCCUCAACAAGAUAACUGAGCAGUCUAAGCCUGGCACAAAGCUGGUUGUUGCGGAGAGCGUUGGCUUAUCGAAUAUACAAGUCGGAGGCGGUGGGCGAGAGUACCCGCUGACGAUGAUACUCGAUCACACCCUGCAGAGCAAGUGGAACAAGCACAGAAGCAACGUUGAGCUUGAGCUUGAGGAAAUUUAUCUCCACACGGCUGAAGCACUCACUCAGUCAGACAGAGAAGACCUCGUAGGGCGUUUUAUUCGGAGAGAUGCGCUGUACAGGAUCAAUCACAAAGCGUAUAGGCCAAUACACACCCAGCCAUUCAAAACUGGCGUUGUUGGUAAGCGUACGAGGAUAUUUAGCGUACUCACCUCGGGUACUUUUCCGGUAGUCGAUGUCGAUGACGACGACGAUGAUGAUGAAGAGCUAAACAUCUCACACUCAUUCCUACACAAAUCCAUACUAUCUACGCCUUCUGCAGCCAGUCAAUUGCACCUUGAUGUCAGUCUAUCGCCUACAACGUCAUCUCAUCAAAUAACCAUCAAGCCAUCUCAUUUGGCGGCUUUAGAAGUGUACAACGGUGAUUGGGUACUUGCUCAAACGACUCUCUCUUCACCCAGAUUGGUGCAGCUACAACUAUCCGAACAACCACUGCACAGCUACUCUGCCCAACUCUCACCGCUACUCCUCUUUAAUCUCAACAGUGGCAGUAAUUCCCCAGACAGCAAACUCAUCCUCAAGUCAAUUAACCAGCCAAUAAUUCCAACCGCUUCUUCUGUUACAAUAUCAAGGGUAUCGUCACCAAUAUCACUCAACAAGCAAUACCAGCAAAGAUUCUACGCCGCACUCCAUCAUCACUUUAUCGUUCAACCCCGCCUCUACAAGCGUGGUGAUCUCAUCGAGGUCGAUAUAUCUGAUGAGUUAGUCGACAAGCCAAGAUUUGAAGAGGAUGGGGAAAAUAACGAGUAUAAUCAUCCGCUCAAAAGCUCCAAAAAAAUUAGUAAAGUCUGGUUCAAGAUUACGAACCUAACCGCAUCACCUCCGAACGACAACCUAGGCGCAUGGGUGCUGCCAGACCAAACUGAAAUGGUUAUGCUUGGCGUGAAUCAGUCUUAUAUACCGGCAAGUGCACACCAGUCGCCCUUCAAAUCGUACCAGGAGAUCCAAAGUCUGUUCAAGUCUGCCGUCAAGUCGUUCAAACUUGGGUUGGAUAUGCAAUUGACAUUGCUGAUAGUCGGACAGUCAAGCUCCGAAGCUUUAAAAGCUGCCUCGUCAGCAUUAGGAUUACACUACUUGCAUCUGAACUGCUAUGAUAUAGCAGACGACAAUCAGUCGCAAGUGAUUGGAUCGAUACAAGCAACUAUUGAAAAAGCAGCUAGCUGCUUACCCUUAGUAGUGCAAUUCGAAAACAUCGAUGCCUUAUUUUCCGACUCGGAAGACAAGAAGGCUGGGCGUGUAUUGAGUGCGUUGAAAGAAUGCUUAGAGUAUUUAAGAAGCAUAUCGCGAUCUUCCAGCCUCCCCAACAUUUUCACAGCUACUACGAACGACUCCACCAAUUUAGCGAAUGAGUGCGUUAGCUGUUUCAAACACGAAGUGAAAAUUGAAGCGCCCAAGAGAUCAGAACGCUUAGAGUAUAUAGCCUCAAUUCUCUCAAAUAUGCAACUCUCUAAUGAUGUUUCAGUAGCUGAGAUAGCUGAUCAAACAGCCUCAUUAUUCGCUGAUGACAUCUCCAACCUCAUUGCACGAGCUCAGAUAAUUGCAUUAGAGAGGGUUAUGCGUAUGGCUAAAAGCUUGAACUGUGAUAUAGGCGAUAUAUUGAGCGCUGGUAUCACUCUCUCCGCUGAAGAUAUACAUUUAGCCCUGAAACAGACAAAGGAUAAUUAUGCAUCCAGUAUUGGGGCACCCUCUAUACCGAACGUGAAAUGGGAUGACAUCGGUGGCCUGAAGGACGUUAAAGAUGAGAUAUUGGACACUGUGCAAUUACCGCUCCAGAAACCUGAAUUGUUUGCUGGAGGUUUAAAAAAGAGAUCAGGUGUUCUACUCUUUGGACCGCCCGGUACUGGUAAAACUCUGCUGGCUAAAGCCGUCGCGACGGAGUGUGCACUCAAUUUCUUCUCUGUCAAGGGUCCUGAGCUAUUGAAUAUGUAUAUCGGUGAAUCUGAAGCAAACGUCCGAAGAAUAUUCCAAAAAGCCAGAGAUGCAAGCCCAUGUGUCAUAUUCUUCGAUGAGUUAGAUUCGGUGGCUCCAAAAAGAGGUAAUCAGGGCGAUUCAGGUGGUGUAAUGGACAGGAUAGUGUCGCAGCUACUUGCCGAAUUAGAUGGCAUGUCUUCAACUAAUGCCCAGGUAUUUGUUAUUGGGGCUACCAACAGGCCUGAUUUGUUAGAUUCAGCACUGCUUAGACCAGGAAGAUUCGAUAGAAUGAUCUAUUUAGAUGUACCGUCUACGCAUACUGCACAAGCAAACAUCCUUGCAGCACUAACGCGUAAAUUUAAAUUGGAGGAUAGGCUGGAUUUGUUGAAAGACGUAACAAACCGCCUCCCUCUAAACCUUACUGGCGCUGAUCUAUACGCUUUAUGUUCAGAUGCAAUGCUGAAAUGCAUGACACGCAGAGUGAUGAAAAUCGAGAAUGAGUUGAAGAAGAUUAAUGAUAUGUCUGAAGGAGAUUUCGUUGCUAGAUAUAGUAGCAGUCAUAAGCGUCCCAUUACGCCGCAAUACUACUUAGAGUUUAUGGCAUCCUCUACAGACAUUGAUAUCGUCGUCUCCAAAGCAGACUUUAGUGAUGCUAUGGCUGAUCUCUCUCCAAGUGUCUCUCAAGCUGAGAUGGAAAACUACCGAAAAGCGCAAAUAAAGUUCACAAAUGUCAAGAAGGAUAACACUAAGAAAGACUUAGGAAAAGGAAAAGCAAGAGCUGACUAA